AUGCAUCAACCAUUGGGGUAUCGUGACCAUACUCAUCUGGAUUAUGUGUGUCGUUUGCGUAAGUCAUUAUAUGGGCUUAAACAAGCACCCCGUUCUUGGUAUAAGCGGUUUGCUGAUUAUGUCUUGUCUCUUGGUUUUUCAAAUAGCAAAUGUGACCACUCAUUAUUUAUUUAUCGAAAGGGUUCACACAUGGCUUACAUUUUUCUCUAUGUUGAUGACAUUAUACUUACUGCCUCUUCUCAUGCUCUCCGAUUAUCUAUUAUGAACCUUCUGAGCUCAGAAUUUGCUAUAAAGGAUCUUGGUCCUUUGAACUAUUUUCUUGGCAUUGCAGUGACCUGGCAUAAGGGUGGUAUGUUCCUUUCACAACGCAAAUAUGCCGAAGAAAUUAUUGACCGAGCCGGUAUGUCUUCUUGCAUGUCGUCUCCAACACUGGUUAACACCAACGCUAAGGUGGGUACUACUUCUAGCGCACCUUAUGAGGAUCCCACUCUUUAUAGGAGCCUUACUGGGGCUCUACAAUAUCUCACUUUCACCAGGCAGGAUAUCUCUUAUGCGGUGCAACAGGUGUGCUUAUAUAUGCACGAUCCGAGGGUGGACCAUAUGCAAGCUCUCAAACGCGUUAUCCAGUAUUUACAAGGUACACUUGAUCUUGGUCUUCAUCUCAAUUCAUCUUCGACCUCGUCUCUUGUUUCUUAUACUGAUGCUGAUUGGGGUGGGUGCCCUAAUACGAGACGUUCUACCUCGGGUUACUGUGUGUUUUUGGGUGACAACUUGGUGUCAUGGUCCUCUAAGCGUCAAUCUACACUCUCUCGGUCUAGUGCAGAGGCCGAGUAUAGGGGUGUUGCUAAUGUGGUCUCUGAGUCGUGUUGGCUUCGAAAUUUGUUAUUGGAAUUGCAUUGUCUAGUUACCAAGGCUACUAUUGUGUAUUGUGACAAUAUUAGUGGUAUCUAUUUGUCGGGAAACCCGAUGCAACAUCGACGUACCAAAUAUAUUGAGAUGGACAUACAUUUCGUACGGGAAAAGGUUGCACGUGGUCAGGUUCGAGUUCUUCAUGUGCCUUCACGAUAUCAGAUUGCGAACAUCUUUACUAAGGGACUUCCGCAGGUGUUGUUUGAUGAUUUUAGGGACAGUCUCAGUGUCCGUCGUCUUCCUGCUUUGACUGCGGGGUUUGCUACUGUUGGUUUUGGUUGGGCAUAG